AUGAAGGUGAAGCGUUCGACCAGCCACUCCUCCCGCAGGAGUUCAAUGCGAGCCAUGGGUUCAACUCGCAGCGUGUUGUCGCGCAGGAGCCAAAGGACGUCGCGACACUCGCGCACCUCGGUGCGAGCCACUGACGAGGAGUUGAACUUUGAGCCACCAACCAAAUGCCAUUGCCAGCGCUGUCAGAUGCGCUUUCCGACACAACAGAUGAUCGAUGAGCGGGAACGCACCUUUAAGAACGAGCCGGCUGUGCUGAGAGCAGUCGAUGACCAAGUGGACGAUGUGAUUCAAGAUCUCGCACAGAUGGUGAAGUUCAAGUCGGUGUCCGUGGAGCCGAAGUUUCUAUUGGAGAGCUGCUUGGCACUCGACUGGGUGGCGAAUCGAUUGGCCAACUUAAAGUUCAAAACCUACGAGCAUCUAAUACCCGACGAUCCGGUUAAUUGCUUCAGGGAGCCGCAUCAGAAGGUACUCUUCGCCAGAUACUUUUCCUCGCCCACCAAGCCCACGCUGCUGAUCUAUGGCCAUUUGGAUGUGCUGCCUGCCAAGCCGGACUGCUGGCUGAGCGACCCCUUUGAGCUUGUCCUCAAGGAUGGCUUGGCCUAUGGUCGGGGCGUGACCAGCGGCAAGGGCAUGCUUGUGGGCUGGAUUCAUGCCAUCGAAUGUUGGCUUCAAGUGAACGAGGAUCUGCCGAUAAAUGUCAAAUUCAUUGUGGACAUGCUGCACGAGGUGGGCAGCACCGGACUACAGGACUAUGUGCGUGCGAAGAGCGACUUCUUUUUGGAUGUCGACUACAUGGUAUUCGAUGUCAACUCGUGGGUGAACAAUGAUCGGCCCGUCAUCGCCUGCAGCCUCACCGGCUGGGCGUACUUCGGGGUCGAGGUGCGCGGCGCUAACAAGAGCCUGGAGAGCGGCCUGGCCGGUGGCCUAGUCUUUGAGCCGAUGAUCGAUUUGUGCCAUCUGAUGAAUAGUCUGGUCAACGACGAGCAUGAAAUCCAAAUACCCCGCAUCGAGAACAAUGUGAGGCGUCUGACGACUCCCGAGUGGCAUCUGCUCGAGUCAGCCGGCUUUCGUGCCUAUGAGUACAAAGAGGAGCUGUACGUGCGCCGGCUGCGGCACGAUGCAAAUAAGGUCGAGGUGCUGCAGAGUCGCUGGUGCAAGCCGUCGCUGACUAUGCAUGGGGUCGAAGGCGCGGACAGUCGGCCCGCCUGCACUCGCAUCCUGCCUAUGCAGGUGGUGAGCAAGUUUUCCAUUCGCCUGGUGCCCGAUCAGGAUGUGGAGCAGAUUCACUGCGCCGUCAGGGAAUAUAUGAUGCAAAUACGUAACGAACUGAAUCUUGGAACCAGCAUUGCCGUCCAUCUGAUCGAUUACAUGGAGCCGAUUUGUUGGUCCACGGAGAGCAAGCUUAUAAAAGCCCUCAUGCGGGCCGUGGGCGAGGUCUACCAAAAGGAUCCGAUCACCACACAGGGCAUACCCGUUUGUCUGCCCAUUGCCAACGUGCUGUGCAAGCUGGUCAAAAAGCCCAUAAUCCUGAUGCCAUUCUACAAGCGCAGGGAUCGCCAUCAGCAGGAGAACGAGUGCAUUGAGGAGGACAACCUCAUGCGACACACCAAAAGCUGUGCCUCCCUCUUAUUUGAGCUCUCCUUCCUCCGCACCAAGUGCAAAUGCGAUGUGAUCAACAAGUAUUGCAACCUGCGAGGCGUCAAAGAGAAACUGGAUGCCGAUCGUGGUUAUGAUCUGCCGGUGCCUCCUAAACGCAAUCUAUUGGUCAGCUUCUUUAAGUUAAAGCAUAAAGAAAAUCCGGCUCCUAUGAAAGCGCCGAAAAGGAAUUCCGUCAAGAAAUUCCUAUGUUUUCCAUUUAAAAUGAAGAAAUCCAGCAAGAAGAGGCCCUCUGCUGCGCCAAAAUAA